AUGCCGACUCCAGAUGCUCCUUCAGGGGCCCCCGCGCCUGGGGAAACAGCGACCAUUCACCCGAUCGUCCGUAAUGCUUUGCGCAUUAGUCUGAGCGUGAAGGAGUACCGAACCCUCCACGAUGUCGCCGUCAAACGCGCCCCAUCCUUGAAAGACAGGCUCCCAUCUCCGUCGCAUUACGAGACCGUGUCGAAUCUAAAGAACCGGCACACCGAGGCCGCUCUCCGCACGUCGCUGCGUGUUUUCGUGGGCUCGGGUAUCGCGAUGAAGCUGGUGGAGGUGGUGAUGAAGCGGGUUCGAGGCGAUACGACACGAGAGAAGACCCGUACCCCGCUGCACCGAAGCCCCAUCUUCCGCCUUUCGAUUUCCAUGUCACUCCUGCUCCUCUUUCAUCGUCUCCUCUAUCGCUUCUUCGGCCGACUCCGUGCAAACCUCCGCACCGAUGACGCGGAGCCCUUCCGGGUGCGAAACCCGCGGAUCUCGCGCGCGCUCACGUCGCGCUUUGCCCCGGCCGUCGGGGCUAGUUUGGCCGGCUUCGCUCUGGCGAUAACGCCACAGGAGCAGCUCCGUUUGACGGCUGCUAUCUACUGGUCGACGCGGAGUCUGGAGUUCUUGUUCAAUACUAUGGAUGAGAAGGGAUGGUUGGCUCAGCGCCCAUGGUGGUUCGGCAGCUGGCUGCUUAUGCCGAUCUCGUGUGCUCAGCUCUUCCAUGCUUUUGUAUUUGACCGCGAGACUACGCCUAAGUGGUUCGGCAAUGCCAUUCUCAAGCUCUCGCCGAGUUAUAUCCCCGGCCGACCGGAGUCGCUCCCUGCCAGCAGCUCCUGGCCCGAGAAGGAGCAGAUCGUGGAUUCUCUCGCAUCUAUUGCGGAUCUGCGCUGGCCUAAAUUUGUGUCGCCCAUUCUGCACCCGGCCGACCCUCUUACCCUCCCAUCCGUGGUCAAGUCAAUUUCCCCGAUUACAGGUCCUGCGCACCCCUCGAUCACGAACCUGUCAUGCGCUCUGCUUCACCCAGGGGUACCAAACUGCAGCACAGCGUACCUACACCACAUUCUACUCUCGGUGCCCCCGCUAGCCCGCUUCCUGGCCACCGUGACGCUAGCACUGACCAUUCCCAAAUUCAAGAGCGUCCUCGCUCAGCCAUUUACAUCUAUAAACAAUCUAUCCAAGCGAAUCCUCCUGAUGACUGCCGUACUGUCAGCCGCCAUCGGGUCCGCUUGGGGCAGCAUCUGCCUUCUGAAUGGCGCUCUUCCUCGCUCCACACUCCCCACCAAGCGUUUCUUCCUCAGCGGAGCCAUUGGUGGACUCCCAUUCAUGUUCCUGGGUAGCAGCCGCAGCGUGUUUAUGUAUUUCUUCCGCGCUGGAGUGGACUCGGCCUGGAAGACCGGUGUCAAGCGUGGACUAUGGAAGGGUGGCCGUGGCGGUGAAGUCUGGCUCUUCGUUCUCUCCUGGGCGGUCAUCGGAUCAAUCUACGAGGCCCACCCGGCUGCGGUACAGGGUCCAGGUAUUCGCAAGUCCCUGGCGUGGUUGCGGGGAGACGGGUGGGUCGACCCCGAAGAGAUCAUUGCGAAGCGCAAGUUGCGACGGGAGCACGAGGCGCGGAGGGAGAGUCUUUUUCAACGCGAUGAUAUCAAUCUGAAUCCCGAAGUUUAG